GGUCUACCAUCAGCACUAUAUACUCUCGGUGUCGCAAUCCUUUAUCCAAAAAACAGCAAUUUAUCUUUCGAAAUCUCGUGACGAUGCACUUUAUUUAGCUUGGACAAGUGCGGCAUUGUGAGCGAGUGACUCCCAUUGUUCUCCGUGUCAGCAGCAGACGAGAAAUAUUAAUUAAUGACAAGCUGUUGACGUCACGGUAGCCAGCAGGAAGUGGAGGAAAAUGAGCGAUCGUCCAGAGAAACAGUUUCGAAAGACUUGGUUUUCUGGAAAGAUUACUCAUUCAUUUAACACCACAAGACAGCCUGAACUGGUUUCAGCUGCUCAGUAUCUGAGUGUUUCUGGUCUUCACAGUGGUGGUAGCCAGGUCAUCAGAGGGAGAUAAACACUCUUAAUCCUGUUGACAAGAUGGAAAUAGUUUUAGAGUAAUCUCUUCCACUGGCAUGAUUAAUAAACACUUAGUUGAUUUAGAUUUUUUUGUCCAUAUUUAAUUAUGGAAGUGAUUCAGUACUAAGGCAUGGAAAGUAUUGUAAGACAUCACAUGAAAUACCUGUAUAUUUAAUUGUGGAAGUGAGGCAGAGCUAAUGCAUGAAAAGUAUUGUAAGACAUCACAUGACAGUGCCUGUAUCAUUAUUGGUCUGUAAUAUCUUGGAAUUCUCCAUAAGGUUUUUGAUCAAACUACUUUUGAUAUUAUCCACAGUGUUUGACUUGUUAAACAUCAUUUAAUAACAAGAGCAAACUUCAUGUGAAGAAUAUUUCAUCAGCAAACUUCUGUUUGGACUUAAGCAUUUUUUUAAAGUCAAAACAGACAUUAAUAAUAAAAACUUUUAUCCUGAAAAGAUAUAUCACAGUCAACAUUAUCAAAUUUUCCACCAAAACAAGGAAUUUUUAUAGCAGUAUAUUCUUUGGCUGCCUUAUGGGCGCAGGGGCAGUGACCGGACAUAGUCAGUUUCGUGGCAGUCGAGUUUUUCCCUCACCAGCCCCUGCAGGGAACUCAGCCACAACCUCAUCAGACACCUCUUUUACUAGAACUGCACCUAAGGAGAAAUCAGAUUUACAAGGACAACCUGGUAUCAAAGCAACCAUGUCUAACAAGCCAUUAUCUUGUGAGACCUGUGAUGUGGUCUUUAAUCUGUUUAAGAGGCGGAAAUUCUGCAAAGACUGUCGCCGCUGCUUCUGUUCCACCUGCCUACCCAAACCAAGCAAUAAUAAUGGAAGAAAUGGUCGUCAAUGUUCCAAGUGUAUCAUUCUAACAUCUGGCAAAUUUACUAGACAGAUGUUGCAGGCAUGGAAAAUCAAAGACAUGCGAUGUUUUUUAGAUGCCCGAAGCAUUUCAACAUCAUCAUGUAAAGAAAAACAUGAUUUGAUAGAUCUUCUCUUGCUUCAUUUCUGCUUGGAGUCUAAUUCUACACAUGUGGAACAGGCAGAGCAUGAUCGGCUAGUUGAUGAACUUGCUAGCAGAAUGCAGUCUAGCAGCUUUUGCAGUUUCACACCUUUGCCCAGUCAGGUGUCUAUGGCAGAACAUUUCUCCAAUUCUGCUAUAAGUGAAGCUACAGACUCAUCAUAUCAGGAACAACAGGAACAGUCAUCUUCUGUACAAAGCACUGGCAAUAACAGUAGCAAUAGAGGACUACAAAAUGUCACAGAAGACACUGAACGGGGUAAUGAUGAAAGUGAUGGUGGUGAUAGAAACCUUCGAGAGAGACAAGAGCAAGAGACUCUUAGGAGAUAUCAGGAGGAACUGAGGCAUGAGGAGCCUGAAACUAGACCAGGAAUUAAACGUGCCACUCUGGAGGAUGUCAAGUGUGAGUCAGAUGUGGAUAGCUUGACGGUGCGGCAGCUGAAAGAGAUUCUUGUGAACAAUUUUGUGGACUACCGUGGUUGUUGUGAAAAACGAGAGCUGAGAGACCAUGCUAAGAGGCUCUGGAAAGAAGACCAAGCAAACAAGCAGAGAGCAACAGCGGCACAUGAGAAAUCAAAAGCAGCCGAUGCUAGUUGUGGGAAGAUUUUUGCAAUGCCUUGGGUACUACUUGACCCUAAGCACAACAUGUCAACAGCGGCACAUGAGGAAUCAAAAGCACCCAAUGCUAGUUCUGGGAAGACUUCUGCAAUGCCUGGAGUACCACUUGACCUGGAGUAUGACAUCUGUAAGAUUUGCAUGGAUGCUAGCAUUGAUUGCAUCUUGUUAGAGUGUGGUCACAUGUUGACAUGUACAAAAUGUGGGAAGCGUCUGGCAGACUGUCCCAUCUGCAGACAGUAUAUCACUCGUGUCGUCCAUAUAUUCCGAUCCUGAUAAUAAAGUGUACAUGGAUUUUUAAAUAUUUUUUUCAUUCCCUUUUGUGCUAAGAAUAAUUUAGCAGAGAGUUUGUUAAUUUGUAUGACAGGUGGCUGAUUGUGAUGUGAUGACUAGAGUGGUUUAGUGAAAGAACCUUAAUUUCUUUUUCGAUUAAUAGGUUGCUAAAAUUUUUUAAGUGCUUGCCACAAUAAAUGAUGAAUUACCAGACAAGGGAGCAGUUUAAAAGAAUACAAAGGAUACAAUGAACUUAAAAAUGACAUAGUUCCAGAUCCUAAUGUUAUUGUAAGGAGUUAUGUUUUGUAAACUUCAUUUCAUUAAGAAUGCCCAGCUUUAUAUUUUUUUGACAUGUACUUCUUUCCUUGAAGUUUUAUAUUUUAAAAUAUGUUGAUGAUAUUUUUAUUUGUAUAUUUGAUGAAAAUAUCUGACUUGCAAAGAUGAAAAUGCAGCAUUUUGUACCAGACAUCACAAAAUCCUACUUAAACAAAAAGCCUUAUUGAAUGAGAAUUUUUUUUUUUUUCAACGCUGAUUGCUUCUAAGACUUGACACAUUGUACUCACAUUUUUGUUAAUCUCAUAUUAUCAGGAAGGUGUGCACAUUUAUGGAUUGUUCCUUUAUCAGUAUUAUUUCCAGGUACAGAUGCUACUAGGUUUUGUUUCCAUUAAUUUAAGUUUUUGAGAUUAACUUUUACAAUUAAUUUUGUGAAAGCAGAAUUAUAGCAACUUUGAACUAACCAGAUCUUAAUGAUUCUGCUGAGGGGUUAUUAGGAUCUUCACAUGCUGUAUGCAGCUUUUCACCAACCACGAUGGUUAUGAAAUGUCCAUUUCCUUAUUUUAGAAUAAGAUAGGCAGACAUCAGUUGGGAUACCCAAUAAGAAAUAAAUUUCAUCGUAACUCCAAAGGGAAUUCAUUCCUGUUUUAAAUACGACAGUUCCUUCCCUAGAAUAUUAGAUAGUUCUUGAACAUUUUAAUAAUUAAGUCUAGCAGUUUGUCAGCUGCAAAUGCUGAGGCCAAACUGAUGUUAUUUUUUAGUUUCAUAACAUUUCUUCAUAUCCUCAAGAGUACUCUUCCCAGUAUUCUCCUGUCACUAACCUUAUUCUUUAGAAGCAUUACCAUUAAGUCUACAGUGAUCAUUCUUUACUGCCAGAAUGCAGCAAGUUCUCCCAGUGUACUUUGUUUCUACAUCUGCUACUUUUUUGUUAACUUGUUCUACAUCUUUUGUUACUAUUUUGUGAUCUUGUUUUACAUCUGUUAUUUUUUCAUCUUAUUCAGUGCAAUGAGUUUGCCUUUGGCUGAGAUAUUAUGCUUUAUAAAUUCCCACUCAAUAAUGAUAAGUGCAUCAGGAUUAAACUGAUAAUUCAGCCAAGUAAAAUGUAGCAGUAUUGUACAGGUGGGAGACAAACAUUUAUAAUUAUAGUUGACCCUGCAGUCUACAUUACCAUCAAGUACAGUUGCUCACAGACAUCAGUUUUAUUUGAAAUACAAUGAUGAUAUUCAGUGUUUAACUUUAUUUGAACCUAAACAUCUAUUUUUUUCAUAUCUUCUAUUUGUCAUAUUGUUUUAGAUUCUAAAUCUUUGUCUCAGAGCUUAAGUAGACUUAUGGAUGCUAGUGCACCAAACGUAACCAAGCUGCCUCAGUAUUCCCAGCACUCCAUGAUAGCUGUCUUGCCAACUGUUACUGCUUCAGAAAAGCAUUUCAGACAAAAGUAAUUUCAGUUAAUAUGAUGUUAAUUACUCAUAUAGUUCAUAUCAAAGGCCUUUUUAAUCAUGCUAUAAAAUUUGAUGUUUUGGAUUAGACUGUGUUCACGAGUGGAGUUUAUGGCUCUUAAUAUAGAGCAUUUUUUUCUACUGAAUUUGUACUAAUGGUGACAUUCCCAAAUAGAACUCAUCUGCAAAUGCAUAAUUAUGCACUAAUUUUUGUUUAUAAGAGAACCAAUCACCUCUAUUUUAUUUUUGUGUGUGUUCUUUUAUUUAGACAAUCAACAUAAACUUCAGGUUACAAGCAUACAUAAAAAUGUUGAUCUCUGUAUCUUUACUCACUCUAUGCACAUACAUAGUUUCUCUUUUACAAGCCUUUCAAAGAUGCAAAAGAAGAAAACAAGGAGAGUGCACCUAAUAUAUUUUUUUGUGAUAUGUGAAAAUGUGUGUGUAGAAGAAUCAUAAGUAUUCAUUGCAUGUAUAUUCUGAUUUUUAUUGGUUUUUAUUUUGGAAGAAUAUAACCAUGGAGAGAUGAAAAUAACAUUAUUUUUAGUCUCAAGAAAAAACUGAAAAAUAAGACAAUUUCACUUUGUGACGAUUUCUUUCGGUAUUUUCAGCCGUCAUCUAUUUUUGGGAGCAUUAGUUUUUAGUUUAUUCCUUAUUACUCCUUGAGGAGCAUAGGGCUGCCUUGGGAGCAUUUUGUUAAAUAAUAGGUUUUCUUGAUCUCAACAGCCUUUGCUCUGGCAUCUUUGGUAAGAGCCGACAGCUUUAAGGCUACAUUUCAGCAAUCAAUAUGGAAAUGUUCACUCCAAUGUGAGUGCUCACAGAAAUUUAGUUUCUUGCCAGUCAUACUGUAAAGUUCAGUCACCUGACUGCCACUUGGGUCAAUUACACUAGCAGCAGUUACCAUUGGUGCUAUCUAAUCUUAUUGUGUUACCAGGAAAUUGUCAGUGCCUUUAGUAUCAAACAGUUCAGUUUUGUUAAUUUAUUUUUCUUCAGGGAUGAAAAUUAUUGGUAAUUAAUAACUGGAAAGAUUAUUUUCAACAUAUCAAAUACAGAAAUUGCUUACACAAUAAAACACUGGGAGUUUGGUCAAUAGGUGUAAAUCUUCAGGUACAGGAAUACCUUCUGGUUUGAUAAUCUGUACAUAAUAAAGUGGGAUGCAGUUG